UUUAUUUCCAUACUGUGACGUUGUGUCUGUCCGAGCCAAUAGGAUACGCGCUUACGCUCAGACUCAGGGAUUUGAAUUCGAUCGAAACUGUCAGUGGGAGAGCGAGAGGUGCGGCGAGGUUUUUCUGAUUAAAAAAUAUACUCAUAUAUAUUUAUCGCUGGACAAAGAACUGCGAAAGGUUCUUUGGAACGUUGGUACCAUGAGAAAGAGUGAGGUCCUUGCCGCUGAAUCUGUGGCAUGCCUAAAUAAAGCCCUGUGCCGCCUGAAAGACAUCUGGGAGGAAAUCGGGAUCCCAGAGGACCAGCGGCUACAGAGGACAGAGGUGGUGAAGAAGCAUGUCAGAGGUUUGCUGGACAUGAUGAUCUCCGAAGAAGAGAACCUGAAGCAGCGAUUGAUGAACAGCAUCGCAACGUGUCGCAAGGAGCUGGACGACUUGUGCAAGGAGCUGCAGCUGUCGCCGUUCGAGGACGAGGAUGGGAGCACCAUGCUUCAGCUGGAGAAGGACAUCCGCACCCGCCUGGAGGUGAUGUUAAAGCAGAAGAAUCAGCGCAUGCAGGAGCUCAAAGGCCUUCAGGACCAGGAACGUGACCUGUGCGAUGUCCUGUGCACGGGUGCCUACAGCAUCGACCCCGCAUGCGUGCCCACCCUGGAGCAGCUGGAGGCCUACCGACAACACAUCGCCGGCCUCGUUGCGGAGAAGGAGCGGAGGCAUGCAGAGUUUGUUGACAUCAAGAAGCAGAUCAUACUGUGCAUGGAGGACCUGGAGCAGGUGCCCGAUACCAGCUUCGAGAGGGACGUCGUCUACGAAGAAGAGGAGGCCUUCUGCCUCUCCAAGGAGAACAUCAAAACUCUCAAGCUGCUCUUGGCUCAGCUGGAGGAACGUAAGGCUGAGAAUGAGGCUCUAUGCAGCUCCUACCGCAGACAGAUCCAGGAGCUGUGGGAUCGGCUGCAGGUCCCACAGGUGGAGAGAGAUCAGUUUUCUGAGCAUAUGGUCAUGUGCAAGAAGAGGAACAUGGAAGCGCUGGCGGCCGAGCUCCAGCGCCUGGACCAGUUGAAGAUGGAGAACAUCCGUGAGGUUACGGAGGCCGUCCGGGCUGAGCUCGCCUCCUACUGGGAGAAGUGCUUCUUCAGCGCCGAGCAGCGGCAGGCCUUCGUGCCGUACCACCACGAGGAGUUUAGUGAGGAGCUGCUGCAGCUGCAUGAGGAUGAGCUCCAGAGGCUGAGGCAGCACUUUGAAGAUCACCAGGAGCUGUACGAGGGGGUGCACCAGUGGCAGGAGAACUGGCUGCUCUUCCUGGAGCUCGAGAAAAAAGCGACAGAUCCCUCAAGGUUCACCAACAGAGGAGGAAACCUUCUCAAGGAGGAAAAGCAGAGAGCCGACCUGCAGAAGAACCUGCCCAAGCUGGAGAAGAAGCUGAAGGCCCAGAUCGACGUCUGGGAACAGGAGCAGGGCCGCGAGUUCCUGAUCGACGGCAAGAAGUUCCUGCAGUUCGUGGAGGAGCAGUGGGAGCUUCACAGGACGGAGAAGGAGAGGGAGAGGGUGGAGCGGCAACUGAAAAAAAGCAAGCAGACGGAAGAGGACAUGCUGUAUGGCACUGCUGUACGGACUCCGUCAAAACGGCGGCUCCCGGGAAGCACCACCCCUGGGAAAACGAGAAAGCUCAACGCCACCUCCAGCAUCUCUAGCGCCACUCCUAAUAGCACGAUGCGCUCUGUAUUUGGAGGAACCAUCUGCCAUUCACCCAUGUCCCACCCACCACUCUCUGCAGCUAAGCCUGGGCUUACAUCACGAACGCCGGGACAUGGCAGGCCUCCACGCGGUGCCCUCAUGGAGCGUAACAAGGAGAACAUCACUCAGGCCCCGGGGUCUCUCCUGAGAGGUGUGCUGAGGACCCCUGCCAGUCCACAGCGUAACUACAGCAUAAACUCUAUCGCCAGCACCUAUUCUGAGUUUGCGAAAGAAUUUGUCAGCCCUGACCUCUGCAUCCCUCCCAGCGUGAACUCUCAAAGGCUUCCAAAUCUAACUGCAAGACAGGUGCCCUGAACUCCACCAUCACUCAUCGGUGACCUGGGGGGGUGGGGGUGCAUUUCCUGUCACUACGGUUAUGAGACAUACAUGAAGGUAAAUCUGACCUUAGGAUGGACACUAUAGAGACAAGCUUAUGUAAUGACAUGUAUUUUUUUAAUAAAUUUACACUUUUAAUUAAUUAUUUUUGCACAUACCAAAACAUGUCUCUGAUAAUUAAGCUGGCAUGUCUCUUGUAUAUUAAGCUUAGUCAAGCUCGAAAUGCUGUGUCAUAACUGAGUCCUCUUAGUAGAGAUGAAUGUAGGUGGUGGUUUAGCUAUGAAGUAAGAAUCAGUGAAAUGGUGUUUAGUGCGCAGGCGAGGCUGUGGGCUCCCCCCUCUGAAAGCGUGCCAUUCUGCAUUUUCUUCUCCAUUAAUAUUUUGCACAUUACAAAUAGUUUCACUCAGCAUUACUCCUUGUAUUUAUUCAUGGUGCUUUACUGUUUAUAUUUGGACACUUCCUUGAUUUGAUUUUGCUUUAUGAAUGGGUAACUCUUCUGAGCUGUUCCAGCAGCCCUCCUGUACACUGUAGUUUACACAUGCUGAGAGUUUUUACCCGUGGUCCCCCCCUACCUUACCUGUCUCUUGUAAAUAAAUGUUUAAUUUUUUGCGCUUUUUCUGAUGGCCCUGUUGUCAUAUUAAGUAAAGGAACAAAAACUUAAAAUCUG